AUGGGGAACUGGAACUUAUUGGGUGGCAUCCUAGAGGAAGUUCACUCCCACUCAACCAUAGUAGGGAAAAUCUGGCUGACCAUCCUCUUCAUCUUCCGAAUGCUGGUACUUGGUGUGGCUGCUGAGGAUGUCUGGGAUGAUGAACAGUCAGCCUUUGCCUGCAACACCCAGCAGCCAGGUUGCAACAACAUCUGUUAUGAUGAUGCUUUCCCUAUCUCUUUGAUCAGGUUCUGGAUUUUACAGAUCAUCUUUGUGUCCUCUCCUUCUCUAGUGUAUAUGGGCCAUGCACUUUAUAGACUUAGGGCCUUUGAGAAAGAGAGGCAGAAGAAAAAGUCACACUUUAGAACCCAGAUGGAGAAUCCAGAGCUUGACUUGGAGGAGCAACAAAGGAUAGACAGAAAACUGAGAAGGUUAGAAGAGCAGAAGAGGAUCCAUAAAGUCCCUCUGAAAGGAUGUUUGCUGCGUACUUAUGUCUUGCACAUCUUGACCAGAUCAGUGCUGGAAGUAGGGUUCAUGAUAGGCCAAUAUAUUCUCUAUGGGUUUCAAAUGCACCCCCUUUACAAAUGCACUCAACCUCCUUGCCCCAAUGCUGUGGAUUGCUUUGUAUCCAGGCCCACGGAGAAGACCAUUUUCAUGCUCUUUAUGCACAGCAUUGCAGCCAUCUCCUUGUUACUCAAUAUACUGGAAAUAUUUCAUCUGGGCAUCAGAAAAGUCAGGAAGGCACUCUAUGAAAAAUCCCGCAGUGAAGGCAUUGAGAAUGAAAGGGGCCCUCCAUUCCACUUGAAGAAAUAUUCAGUGGCCCAGCACUGUAUGAUUUGCUCUUCCUUGUCUGAAAGAAUCUCUCUACUUCAAGCCAACAAUCAACAGAAAGCCACUAGAGUCAAUAUGCCAAAGUCAAAAACCAUGUGGCAAAUUCCACAACCCAGGCACUUUGAGGUAGACACUUCCUUUAGCAAAAAAGACAUAGCUGAGAAGGAUCAGCACAGAGGACAGCUCCAUGUCCACAGCCCAUGUCCCUGGAAUGGCAGUGCCAGAAUUCAGCACCACGGACACCAACGAGACCAUUCCUCUUUUGGCCUACAGAAUACGAUGUCCCAGUCCUGGCUAGAUACAACGACAGCUCCUAGACACUGUCCAUCCUAUGCAGUAGGAACCUGGGAGCAGUCCCAGUACCUGGAACCCUCAGGUGAACCUCUCACAGAUCGGCACAGUCACUGCAGAGACAGUGAUGGCAGCAUGAAAGAAAGUGGGGUCUGGAUAGACAGAUCUCGCCCAGGCAGUCGCAAGGCCAGCUUUCUGUCCAGAUUGCUGUCUGAAAAGGGACAGCUGCAUAGUGGCUCAGGAAGCUCCAGUUCUCAGAAUAGCUCCUGCUAUCGGGAAAACAGCCCCUCGCCUCUGCCUUCAGCCACUGGGCACAGAACAUCAAUGGUAAGUAAGACAGCCCUACUAAUCACAGAACUAUCACAAGAACUGUUCCACUCUGGCCACUUUUUCCCUUUUUUCCUUCCUGAUAUCUAUAUAUGUGUGUUGAGAGAGGUGGAUGGGGAGGGAGUUAAUUUACAGAGAGAUAAAUUCAUUUAUACAAUACACUUGGGUAAACUCAAUUCAUAA